UACCCUUUUCGCCAACACCUGGCGUCAGUGGUUCUCAGUAGUCCAUUCAUAUAAUCUUCGUGGCUAUAUUACCCUUUGCGUCAAAAAGAAAUCUCUUUCAGAGGAUAAUCAAAACAGAGUAGUACCUCUUCGAUCUAUGAUGCUAGUCGGGCUUUAAAUAAAUCAUAUGUGUCAUCUGGAUCAUUAACAAAAUUUGCCAGCCCGUCCUGGUGGGAGGUCGACCUGAGGGGCUACUUCACCAUCAGCAGCAUCACCCUCACAGCAGCCACCUACGGGAGAUGGAAUGUUUACAUGAGAAAUGCCUUCGUGGAGGUGAUGGACAAAGAUGUCAGUCUCUGCUCUGAUGUCCAGUCGGAGUGGUGUGGGAAUGUGUCCAGCACUGUCACUGCUGGGGAAGAGUUCACCUUUACCUGCAAUGCUACAUUCCCUGUCCGCUUUGUCCGUGUCACAAGGCCAUCUACCACCAAUGUACACCUCGUUAUCGGACAUGUGGAUGUUCAAGGGGAGGGGGCUAAGAAGCCAUAUCGUUCCUACUACAAACCGUUGAAGAACAAGAAGAUGUCUCAGCCGUUCCUAACCACGUCAGCCAUGACAGCCGGAGACUGUGGCAUCAUUUGUCACCGAUAUAAUUCAUGCAUCGACUUCAGCUACAGUGCAGUGUCGCCGACCAAUGAGAACUGCCUGCUUUCUGACAAAGUGUUGUCUUCAUCUGAAGAUAACUUUUGGACAACUUACACUAGCUUCUGCAUGUAAACAUUCAACUAAAAUAUAGCAAGCUUCUCUCACACUUUAUGACAACUAUGUUUAAAAUAUAAAUAUACUCUCGUUGACCCUAAAACAAGCUUCACUUUAAGAUUAUCAUUUUGUAAGUUGUCUAGUAUUUCUCCAAAAAUUGAUAUGGUUUCAACCAAAUAUCAUGUUUGCCAUGGUGUCAUAUGGGACUGGGGUCGAAUGGUUCUCAUAAACGUUUGUGAUUAAUUGGAUUAACUCGGUGACUUGUUAAUUUCGUUUCAUUCUACAAUGACGGUUUUGCAAUGCUGAUUGAUGAGUUGACGCGAAAUGACGUCACAUUGUACCAUUGGGCAUUUGAGGUCACCCAUUGCAUUCAACGUCACCUUAUGCAAUCAGACCAUACGCUAACCCGGAUUGAAAGUUAGUCAUCAAUUUUCGCCUCACCCAAUGAUGAUAAUGACUCUUUGCACCAAACAUUCAGAUCGGUAGGUCGAAAUAUGACAAAAACGUAAAGUCCACCAUAUGUAUUUCCUCAAUGUUAAGUAGGCAGGGAAAAGAGUUGGAAUUGUUUAAUAUUACCUCCCUGUCUGGUAUACAGUAUGACAUACAUGUACCCACUUUCACAAACAAUUGAUUUGAUGACUGACUAUGCGCUCAAAUAUAUACGCUGAGUACCUCCUGGCAUAUAUUAAUAAUAAAUGUUGUCCGAUCGACCAGUUUGUCGCACUUUUACUAGUUGGCGUUUACCAACCAAUGAACAAAGUAAAAGUGAGUGAGUGAGUGAGUUGGGUUUAACGCCACUUUUAACACUAUUCAAGUUAUAUCACAGCGUGUCAGCUUAAUGUGGGAGGAAAGCCCCAAGCGAUGCAGGUCUUAG